AAAAACCUUGAAUAAAACUAGAACUUCAGUUUAAUUUGUACAGUCGUUCCGAAAAGCAAAUAAAGCAAAAUGAUAUUUUUGCGAGUGGCUCUAAUCGUUCUAUUGGCCGUGGUUAUAUUGGCGAAUCCCGAAAAAGAUAAGAAAAAAAGUACUAAAGUAACCAAAGCAGCCAAACCAGAUCGGAAGGUUAAUGCUGAAGUCCCUCCUACAACUAUAGACGAUGAUGGUUUAGGUAAAUAUGGGGGAUGGUCCGAUUUUUAUUCUGAUGCUGUAGAGACGUCCCAACAACAAACUAUGCUUUUGGACGCAGUUGAAGUGGACGAAUCUCAUGAUACAAAAAAGCGCAAAAAGAGUGAUGUUGCAACUAAAACUCAACGUAAACAAUGGCGCGUUUAGUAAGAUAUACCAGUCCACAACAUACAUGUAGAAGAAUGUUUUGUCAUAUUUAAGUGAUUGCCACAUUAAAACUUAGAUUUUCAAAGGAAUACAAUAAAUUCAACAUUGUUCUUCUGCAAUGUUCAACCUUUUGCA